AAGAAACUGUUUCCUGAAACAUGGCGGCCCCUAGCAACAACAACUCAGGCUGUUGGGGAGUCCCAGAGGUUUACAAACACCACGAACAGCGGAAAGUAUGCAUUUCUCGACCAAAAUAUAGAGAAGGAAGAAAAGCUAAAUCUGUUAAGGUGUACACUAUCAACUUAGAGUCCCGUUACCUGAUGGUCCAGGGGGUCCCAGCUAUCGGAGUGAUGACAGAGCUGAUCCAGCUGUGUGCCCUGUACGGAGCUGUGGAGGAGUACAGGCCCCUGGACGAGUAUCCAGCUGAGGCGUUCACAGAGGUUUAUCUUGUCAAGUUCCAGAAACUCACCAGUGCCAGAGCAGCCAAACGACACAUGGAUGAGAAGAGCUUCUUUGGUGGUGUGCUGCAUGUGUGCUACGUCCCUGAAUAUGAGACUGUGGAGGACACCAGACUGAAGCUGCAGGACCGGAGGAGAUACAUAAUAAGGGCGGCUCAGAAUAAAGCCAGAGAAAAGGAAGAGGAGCAGGCAGUGAACAAGGAGCCCACACCAUCAGACACCACAUCAGAGAAGAUCACUGCCAGACACGAGCAAACAUCUGACUGUGAUAAUACAGGAGAGAGUUCAAAUGUGGGCCAUUAUUCAAGCUUUCCUUUACUGCCGUUACCUCCCCAGGAACAUCAUUACUACGGACAUAAAAAUCAACUUGGGACUUUAACAACAGAGGACAAAAUGGGGACAUUACAUAAUGCCAUCAUUGACACAAAACAGCAGCCAGAGCAGAGUUCAAGCUCCAGCCAAACGUCUUCACAUAAAGACAGAGACUCAGAGCACAGACUGGCCUCUGCAGUCAGAUUUGUACCAAGGACUACACACUUGGAGAACAGAAAACGCAAGAUGGAAGAGGUUGCGGAGCACUCACUGACAGACGUUACCGGCAAAAAUGAGCCACUAAUCGGGCCCAAACUACCAGACCAACCUAAACUGGACAUGGAGGAUGUAUCGUUGAACACAACUGUCAGCCUGAUCAGGAACACAAUGAAACAGGUGGGAUCUGUUCCUGACGUCAAACCAGUGGAGAAAAAGAUGAAACCACGUCGCCGGAUUUGAUCAAACCAGCUGUCUUGGUGUUGGACAACCACCAAAAAUGAACAUUCAAAUUGUUUCUUUUGGCAACUUCUUUUAAUUUACACAUUUUGCAUCAAAGUGGAAACAGCUAUUAACAAUUUUAUUAAAGAAUAUGCAGCUGAAAGUG